AUGAGCGGGGGGGGUGGGGGGGAGUGGGGGGGGGGGGUGGCGGAGGGGGGGGAUGGGGCGGGGGGGCGGGAGGGAAGAUUGGGUGAAGGCAUUUUUAGGGGAUUUAAGGGGGGGGGGGGGGGGGUGCGGGGGGGAUAUGGGGGGGGGGGGGGGAGGGGGUCGUGGGGGGGCUGGGGUGAGUUAAAAGGGGACGGGAUUUUUAGGGGGGAGGGGGGGGGGGGGGGGGGGGCUGCGAUCGAUAAGGGGGGGAUGGCGUGGGAAAUUUAA